CAAAAAAAAAAAAAGAGAAAAGAAAGUCUUCAAAGAGCUGCUGUUUCCAGAAUUUAUUAUAAAUCUCAUUGCAUUUUAUUUCAGGGGGAAUUAUUCAUGCAAUGUUUAAUCCUUUCCGUUCUGCGAGUUUGAAGAAAACUACGUAGGAAAUCUGAUAAUUAUUUUGAAAAAAAAAAAAUUCUGGGUUUGGUGCAUGUUCUUAUUCAAGGUGGCGAAUCAAGGGGGUAGCGGUGAGUUUGCCAGGUUUCCGGCACCGGAUGAUACAGAAACUACAACAACCACCACUUCAGUCACAUCCACCGUCGCAGCCACUCCUCAUGUUCCGUACUACCAAAUGCAACAACAAGAACGAUCGGAUUAUCUAUUUUCCGGGCUGCAGCUGCCACCGCCGCAUCCGCCGCUAAUUUUUUCCGAGUAUGGUCAGUCCAGAGAGAGGUCAGUGAUGGUGACGGCGUUGUCGCAUGUCAUAUCAGGGCGGAGCUACGGAGGAGACUCUGGAAAUAUUUAUUCAUCUAAUUUUCCUCCAUUUGCUGGCCAUAAGAGAAGACGUGAUGCAGAAGAUAUUCUUCCAGAACAAUUCCACAGUGUUCAUCGAGGCCUCGGAGAAUCAUCUUCUUCUAUCAAAUCUGAGCCGAAUGCAGAAGCUAGUUUCACAACACCUACAGCCACCUCCGCGGCAGAGCAAAUUCCACAAACAGAACUGUUUGUGGGUUCACAUGAAGAAACAGGAGAGACAAGAAGAAGAUACAGAGGAGUGAGACAGAGGCCAUGGGGCAAAUGGGCAGCAGAAAUAAGAGAUCCACAUAAAGCCGCCAGAGUCUGGCUUGGAACCUUCCAGACGCCGGAGGCCGCCGCUAGAGCUUACGAUGAAGCCGCCCUGAGGUUCAGAGGCAAUAGAGCAAAACUCAAUUUCCCUGAAAAUGUGACAAACUUGCCACCAUCCCAUUUCUCACAAUCCACACAAUUGGCCAUUUCUGCCACCCCACAACCACCUAUCGCCGUCAUGCCUCCUUCACUGACGGCGGUGUUUCCUCCAGAAUUCAUGCAAACACAGCCUUUCCAAAUCCCCGAAAACAUUUCCAGGGAUUAUUGGGAAUACUCGCAAUUACUUCAAAGCAGUGGUGAUUUUCCGAUAAAUUUGUCGGAUCAAAUGUUUUAUACUUCUGCAUCAUCUUCUGGUGGACAAUCAGUCAAUUUCCGGCCACAAGAAAAUCAAAAUAACACAAGUUUUCCUGCACCAUCAUGGACCAGUUCUAGCCAAUAUCCUCCAUCCUCUUCUUGAUAUUUAUUUUUAUUUUUCAUUGAUAUUAUCGUGUCCUUUGUACUCGAGUUUAGGUAAUUUAGGUACUUGCCUUUAGUUUGGUAUCCAUACAUUUCAUGUAUGUUAUCCAUCAAUAAAUUUCAUUUGUGCAAUUAUACUUUUAUUUCUAUUUUA